UAUCAUCCGAAGAAGCGGCAAGCAAUGGCGACGAAGUAGAAUUCAGCAAAAAAUAUAUAAUAUAAUCGAACGAUUCCUUAUUCACAGUUGUCAACAUGCAGCUACGCUACAUGAAAACGUUGAUGAACCCACAGGAUGGCGCCUGUAAAGUCACUGCAAUAGCUUGUGCACCAAGCAACCAAAAGAUGGCUGUUGUUACCAUGGAUAGAGUAGUAAUUCUUUAUGAUGAACUUGGGGAAAAAAGAGACAAGUUUUCUACAAAACCAGCAAAUCCACAGGCUGGUAAGAAAAGCUAUAUAGUGAAAGGACUGGCUUUUUCACCAGAUUCUACUAAAAUUGCUGUUGGACAAACCGAUAACAUUAUUUUUGUCUACAAGAUUGGUGAAGAAUGGGGAGACAAGAAAGUUAUAUGUAACAAAUUCAUUCAACAAAGUGCUGUAACAUGCCUUAUUUGGCCUCCUGAACAGCAAAAUAUCAUCUUUGGACUAGCAGAUGGCAAGGUGAGACUUGCUAGUUUAAAGAACAACAAGUCCCAAACUAUAUAUGGAACAGAUAGCUUUGUUGUUUCACUGACUCACAAUAUCUCUGGCAAAGGUAUUCUUUCAGGACAUGCUGAUGGUGCAAUUGUCAGAUAUUUUUUUGAUGACGAAGGAACUGGAUUGUCACAGGGCCAACUGUGUAAGCAUUCUUGUCCCCCGUAUGCUUUAUGUUGGGGCUCAUCAAUAGUAGCAGCUGGAUGUGAUAAAAGAGUUGUUGCCUAUGGCAAGGAAGGGCGUGUUAUCCAGAACUUUGAUUACUCAAGAGAUGAUGAUGAAAAAGAGUUUACUACAGCUGUGUGUAGUCCUAGUGGCCAGUCAGUGGUGAUUGGGAGCUUUGAUAGAUUAAGAGUUUAUAACUGGAGUCCACGAAAAGGAUCAUGGGAUGAAUCAAAAUUGAAAGAAAUUCCCAAUCUCUACACCAUUACAGCAUUGUCAUGGAAACGGGAUGGCUCAAGGCUUAUAGCGGGAACACUGUGUGGUGGUGUUGAACUAUUUGAUUGCUGUUUAAGACGUUCCAUUUAUAAGAAUAAGUUUGAAAUGACAUAUGUUGGGCUUAGUCAGGUCAUUGUUAAAAAUCUUUCAUCUGGAACACGUGUUGUUCUGAAGUCACACUAUGGCUAUGAGGUUGAUAAAGUCAGCAUUAUGGGAAAAGAUCGUUACUUGGUGGCUUACACUACGGACACAUUAUUACUUGGUGAUCUUAACACCAACAAGCUAAGUGAAGUUGCAUGGCAAGGUUCAGGUGGAAAUGAAAAGUACUUUUUUGAAAAUGAAAAUGUGUGUAUGGUGUUUAAUGCUGGAGAGCUGUCUCUAGUAGAAUAUGGUAACAAUGAGAUCCUUGGAACUGUGAGAACUGAGUUCAUGAAUCCUCAUCUUAUUAGUGUUCGUCUUAAUGAACGCAAGCAACAGGGAAUUGAUGACAACAAAAAGAUGGCAUACUUGGUCGAUUUGAAGACUAUCAGUGUUGUUGAUCUUCUGUCUGGCAUUAUAGAAGCAACUAUCAGUCAUGACUCUAAGAUUGAUUGGCUUGAGCUCAAUGAAACUGGGAAAUAUUUACUAUUUAGAGAUAAAAAACUGAAACUCCAUCUUUUGAAUGUGGAAAGCCAAACCCGUACAACUAUCUUGAAUUAUUGCACAUAUGUUCAGUGGGUACCAAUGAGUGACGUUGUAGUUGCACAAAACAGAGGGAACCUUUGUAUUUGGUACAACAUUGAUUCACCUGAAAGAGUGACCAUGUUUCCUAUAAAGGGAGAAAUUUUGGACCUUGAGCGAGUUGAUGGUAAAACAGAAGUUAUAGUAAAUGAAGGUGUCACCAAUAUAUCAUACACAUUAGAUGAAGGUCUGAUUGAGUUUGGUACAGCUAUAGAUGAUGGCGACUAUGUCAGGGCUAUAACUUUUCUGGAAAGUCUUGAGAUGUCACCUGAGACUAAUGCUAUGUGGAAGACCUUGAGUAAACUAGCUCUUGAGGGACGUCAACUUCAUAUCGCUGAGCGUUGUUUUUCUGCACUUGGAGAUGUAUCUAAAUCCAAAGCACUUAGACAAAUCAACAAAAUAGUUGACCAAGCAGCUGAUGAAAUGGGGGGAGAUGGUACAAAUCAUGUGCUUGUAAGAGCAAAACUUGCUGUUUUGGACAAGAAUUUCAAACUUGCAGAAACAAUUCUGUUAGAACAAGGUCAUGUGGAUGAAGCCAUUGAGAUGUAUCAAGAACUUCAUAAAUGGGAUGAGGCUAUUGCAGUUGCUGAAGCUAAGGGUCAUCCUGAGUUGGAAAAUCUUCGUUCCAAUCACUAUCACUGGUUAUCAGAUACUGGGCAAGAAGAAAAGGCUGGUGAGGUCAAAGAAAUGGAAGGUAACUACCUGGAAGCCAUUAAUUUAUAUAUGAAGGCUGGUUUGCCUGCUAAAGCUGCAAGACUUGCCAUGAGUAGAGAGGAGCUUUACCAGUCAACAGACUUGAUGGAGCGCAUUGCAUCAUCUUUACUAAAAGGAGGUUUAUAUGAAAAGGCUGGAGAGCUGUUUGAGAAAGUUGGCCGUAAUGACAGAGCAUUAGAGGCAUAUAGAAAAGGUGGAGCAUAUAGAAGAGCUGUUGAGCUGUCUCGUGCUUCCUACCCUCAUGAGGUUGUCAAGCUGGAGGAAGAAUGGGGUGAUCAUUUGGCAUCACAAAAACAACUGGAUGCUGCAAUCAAUCAUUACAUUGAAGCAGGGUGUUCAGUGAAGGCUAUUGAAGCUGCUAUUCAGGCCAGACAAUGGAACAAAGCAGUACAGAUAGUUGAACUACAAGAGGAUGCUGUUGCAGAGAGGUAUUACCACCACAUUGCACAGCACUAUUCCCAAGUACAGGAAUACAAGAUGGCUGAGAAGUUUUAUGUCAAGUCUGGGGAUCCAAGAGCAGCUAUUGAGAUGUAUACUAAAGCCAACAUGUAUGAAGCAGCACAUAAGAUUGCAGUACAGUGUAUGAAGCCUGAAGAAGUUGCAGUACUAUACAUAUCUCAAGCUCAAGAACUUGAGGCUCAAGGCCGAUUCAAGGAAGCAGAAAGAUUAUACUGCACUGUGGAUGAACCUGAUUUGGCUAUUAACAUGUACAAGAAAUUAAGACAGUAUGAUCACAUGAUAAGACUUGUCACUAUUUAUCAUAAAGACCUUUUGGUUGAUACUCACUUGCACCUUGCAAAGGAAUUUGAAAAUGAGAGUCAGCUGCGCCAAGCAGAGCAUCAUUACCUUGAAGCCAAAGAAUGGAAAGCAGCAGUUAAUAUGUAUCGUGCUAAUGAUAUGUGGGAAGAAGCAUACAGGACUGCUAAGCAAAAUGGUGGACCUAAUGCAGCAAAACAAGUAGCAUAUUUGUGGGCUAAAGGCUUAGGUGGUGAUUCAGCAGUGAAACUGCUGACAAAGUUUGGUCUGCUAGAAGCAGCUAUUGACUAUGCAGCAGAAAACUGUGCUUUUGAAUUUGCCUUUGAUCUGGCCCGUACAUCCAUGAAGCACAAGUUACCAGAUAUUCACCUUAAGUAUGCCAUGUACUUGGAAGAUGAAGGGAAAUACAAGGAUGCAGAAGAACAGUUUGUUAAAGCAGGGAGAGCUAAAGAGGCUGUGCUCAUGUAUGUUCAUAACCAAGACUGGGAUAGUGCACAACGAGUUGCUGAAGAGCAUGAUCCAGACAGUGUUGCAGACGUCAUGGUUGGACAGGCACGUGUAGCAUUUGAUCGUAAAGAGUAUCAAAAGACAGAAACCUUCCUGCUUCGAGCACAAAGACCAGAGCUUGCAGCCAAGUACUAUAAGGAUGCUGGAAUGUGGACAGAUGCACUACGGGUUGUCAAGGAAUAUCUACCACAUAAGCUGGAGCAAUGGCAGGAUGAGUAUGAUAGAGAAGUGCUUUCAAAGGGCAAUAGAGGUGCAGAGUCAUUACUAUCACAAGGCAAGGAAUGGGAGAAAAAGGGAGAAUACACAAGAGCCAUUGAUAUGUAUAUGAAGAUAACACCUAGUAUGACUAGUGAUCAUGACUUGGUAGAGGAUGCUAUGGUUAAGGCUGUAGAGUUAGCAAUGAAGUUCGUUCCUGAUCGUGCUGUAGAUAUAGCAAGUAUAGCCUGCCCUCGUCUGGCUGAUAUUAAGGCAUAUGAACAAGGUGCAGAGUUGUAUAUAGGUGUGGAAAUGAUUAAGGAGGCUAUUGACUUGUAUAUUGAUGGUGAAUUAUGGCCUAAAGCAAAGCGCUGUGCAGCUGAGAUAGCACCAAGGUAUGAACAGUAUGUUGAAGAUGCAUAUGUUAAGUUCUUAAAAAACAAAGGACAAGCAGAACAGCUUGUAGAUGUUGAUGUUAUUGCUGGACUUGACAUGAUGGUCCAGCGUGGUCAGUGGGAUAAGGCUAUUGAGACUGCUGAACAACAGGGCUACGAGGUUCUUAGCAAGUACGUUGCACUGUAUGCUGCUAGCAGUAUAAAAGAUGGCAAUUCUUUAAAGGCUCUGGAACUGUUUGCUCGAUAUGGAGCACCAUGUAACUCACAGAACUUCAACAUUUAUAAACGCAUUGUGAAUGAUGUUGUUUCAAUGCCUGACCUUGAUGGUCCUGAGAGCUACCGAACUUGGGCUGAUCUCAGAGAUGUUCUCUAUGAUAUUGUGGAGAGUAUGUCAAAAGCAGGUGAUAGCAGUUCAACGCAAUACAAAGAGUUUGAGGAAAUGCUUCAAAUUGCACAUUACUACAGUAACCGUGCUGCAGCACUGCAACAGAAAUCACUGGAUACAUUAGCAGCCAAGCUGUCAAUCUCACUGUUGCGUCAUUCUGACAUUGUACCAUGUGACAAAGCAUUCUAUGAAGCAGGACUUGCAGCUAAGAGUGUUGGAUGGGAAAAUAUGGCUUUCGUCUUUUUAAAUCGUUACUUGGACUUAAGUGAGGGCAUUGAAGAAGGGACUUUAGAUACUAUGGAUAAUAGUGAUUUCAUGAAUACUGACAUCCCAUUUGAGGUCCCAGUACCAGAAAAGCAGUUUUUGCCAGAAGAUAAAAGGGAAGAGAUCAAGGAAUGGGUACUUGCUGUAUCAAUGGAUCAGAGGGUGGAGCAAGUUCUUCCAACAGAUGAAAGAGACACUUAUGAAGCCUGUCUUAAAGCAAAUAAUACAGCAAUUAUUUCAUUACCCUGUGUAAUUACUGGUUAUCCAGUCCUUCGUAACAAGAUUGACUUUAAACGACCAGGAAAGGCUGCUAAUAAAGAGGACUGGAACAAGUUUAUUAUGGCGACUAAAGUAUCACACAGCCCAGAGUGUCAAGAUGUGUUACGGUUCCUUGGUCACUGGUGUGGUGCUCCUCAAAAUCCUUCAUACUCUUUCAACUAGUUUUGUUAUGUCACAUCAUCUGUAAAUUGCCACGUAUUUAUUUCAAUAUGUUUAUUACUUAUGAUGGGAAAAUAGUCCAUUUUCGAAUUCAAAGCAAAUAACUGCUGUUUUAUUUGACAGCAGAUUCUCUUACACAAAGACCUUACCAAACACAAAAGAAAGCACUGCGAAAAUGCCGUUAUUACAAUUAUAGCGCUAACAAUUUACAUUUUACCCGAGUUGAGGCUAACCCUCUAUUCCCAGAAGGCUCAUACCUUAGGUCUAAUGGGAAUACAGAGUUAGUCUCAAUUUGGGGAAAAUGCAAAUUUUCAAGGCUAUUGUAAUAACGACAUUUUCUCGUGCUCUCCUUUGUGUUUGGUCAGGUCUUUGCACAAGAGAAUCUGUUGUCAAAUAAAGCAGCGGUUUUUUGCUAUGAAUUCAAAAAUGGAGUAUUAGCAUGUAUUAGAGAGUUUGGUAGUGAGUUAAAGAAUCAUAACCACCCGCCGUACCUUGCGAACCGAAGCGCCAUUUUAGGUGGACACGAAAAUGGCGGAUUUGUAGGAUUUCUUAAAGUGAGCGCAAAUCAUCUUCCGUCCUUUCAGUUUGGAC